CAGUUUAAAGAUGCCUCUUUUUUGCCCUAUGCUAGCGUAUUCGGUAUCAACAGAAAGUACAGGUAGACGGUUUUCAUAUGAGAGAAAAUACCAUGCAAACACUUAUAUUCGGUUGCGGACCUAUCCUCGAUCAAAUUCGACAAUGUAUGAAAUUUCUAGGUUAAUUCUAAUCUAUGGCUUGAGAUAGUUUUUUGGAUUAGUUUUUAACCGAAAGGUGAUUUUGAGAUGUUUACUAAAUUUUAUUAUUAACUCCAUCAUCAUAUGUUCGAUGCUUCAGAUCUCGUAUAAGUAUGCCAUUGUACUUCAAUAUAUACUCUAUAUUGAUCGAAUACGUUUCAUAGAGCGUUGUGUUGGCCUAGCUCAUAAUCGGUAAGGCUGUACACGGUUUACAAUAGACGAUCAGCGGAUAGUCAAGGUGGCCUGCUUAAUUUUUUGGCCAACAAACCACAGGAAACAUCAGUGUUUAAGACUGCAUCGUUUCAUAUAUCUGGAGCUUAAUAUGGGCAGUGUUCUCUCAAUCAACUGGGCAUUUUUUAGUUCGGAUCUACGUUCCAAAAGUUCAAUUGAUCACUCGUUUUUUUAAAACAUGGAAAAAAUUACUAUCCAAGUUACCUUAAAUUCUAUAUUAAAUUUUGUGGUUAAUAAUGAAAUACCAAAAAAUGCGCGAAGCAGGAUUAAAUUUUUAACAGUAUCUUUGAUGUAUUAAAAAUCUAUUUAGAAUAAAUCGAUGAAUCUUUGCGGCGCGCAGUCACGAUUCAAACAAAAACGCACAAGCUUCAUGCAAUGUAACGCCAUCGAUAUGAUCACAAUGUAUUUGACUUUCCAUUAUUAAAUAUCUGCGUUGUGUGUCGCUUGUCGCUUUUGGGAAGCAGCAGAUUUAGGAUAUAUUUGGGCAUAUAUGUUAGAUCAUGCCCAGACUCGAUCAGAUACUUACCUCCGGGUCUUCUGCACCAGCACAAUUGCAUAUAUCGCCCAACUAAUCGUUACGGAGUUGGGCUAACUAUUACUAACAAUUUUGAUGACAUACUACCGCCAAAACUUAACGAUUCUUUGUUUUAUGUUAAGCCUACCUCACAGACUUUGUGCGAGUAAAAUCUAUCGGUUACGAAAAACUGCAACGUCAACAAGCAUCAACGAUCUAUUGUUAAUGUCUUCGACCACCUACCUAUCGCUGCUGCUGGAUCUUCAAUUAUUAGUCUUGCCGGCUGAGCGAAGGGGUGGUAAACGACUAGCGCAGAAUGCAGUCGGGCAUGCCUGGGUCGGAUGCACUUUUUUGAAUUGGCCUCACCCCCAACGGGAAACAGUUACCUCUCCGCUUAUCCUCUGAACCCGACAGCAAAACGUCAUACUAUACCAUGUCACCAGUUAUCACCCUCCUGGAACUGGCAGAAAAUUGAUCCAAUUCGCACUGCGUCAUUGUCUUCUUCGCUGCGACAUUGUACUCUAUUGAUGUCCAUUUAAUGGAAUAAGUAUCUCUGAUGCAAUCACUGAACCGAGCUCUUAUUCUUCAGUGGUACUCAAGACGAACCUGCUGAAGUGUAUCAGGAUUUCUUUGAGGAAAUGCCCUUAACGUUUUAUCUAUGCGGUUCUUUUCAGAGGGCCAUCGCUGGUGCACCGAUCACAGUUGUUUAAUGAUGGAACAAAGCAACAAAAUGGAAUGUCACAGCGGUCUACUGCGCAGCCCGUCACGCGAGUACACCCCUUCCCUGUCCUAUAAAUAUGAUCGUUCACAGCGAAACAUCUUUUAAAGUUAUCUAUCGACGCUUCGGUGACGCAUCUCUAACGCACAUGAUCGGUUUAGGCAACGUGCUUAGAACAGGCGAGGGCCACUACUGAUUGUCUGCUUUUACGUGUCUAUACGACCUGCUGCAGGCAUAAGGCAUAGAGGAGGAGAGUUCGUCAAUCUUCAUAUCGAAAACUAGCCAUCUACCUAUUAAUCGCCCUUCAGUAGCCCAAACAUUUUACUGUUUAUGCUAUGCCAAAACAGCAAUGGAAGAAACCUGAAGUGAUGCUGGCAGCGAGAGAGUCAAACUGGGGGAAAGUUCUGUCUGACUGAGUGACUGAGAUGAGAACGACGGGAGGAACCCGGCGUUCCGUAUGGUCAGAGGGAGAGCGCAUUUCUUUGACAUCGGCUCAACUGCAGCAUUCUCUGCUGCAACGGACCGCGUCACUUUACCCUCGAAGGCUAUCGGCACUACAACUUUUCGACCGAGCCGCGAAGGCUUCCUGGUGGAACCCACGCUUCGAUUCGAAAGUGCUCGAGGAACAAUUUCGCCAGAGCUCAUUCACGCAGACCGAACAGCAUUUCCGAUAUGCACUCCUCUAUGUCAUUCUCAGUGCGCUCGUGUAUGCCCUGUCAGCAUGUACGGUUGGUCGAGACACGUGGCCGCAGGUGAGCGCUGCCUGUUUGGUACUCGCCUUGCUGUCUUUUAGUUUUCUGAUGUUGACGCUUUUUCGGAAUGCGAUUUAUCGAAGGAACGCGUCCAUUUUGGCUAUGAGCACUCUGUGGUUAGUAGCAGGCUUUUCAUUGGCACCAUUUGCUCUACCGCCAAGUCCAAUGGAAGUUGAAGAAAACCAUUCCGUAGCAGUUGGAUCGUUUUCGAUCUGUCUGUCUGUUCUGGUACUUUCCUACACUCUUGUGGGACCACUACCACUGUACAUGAUAUGCAUCUUCGGUGUAUUGUACUCGACAGCUUUCGAAAUUAUGUCCUGGUUCGUCCUGAACCACGUUAAUACUUGGACAAUCCUCGCAGUCAGGAUUUUGUUGCAGCUAUCUAUCCAUAUUCUUGGUAUCAAAAUUCGUCUAUUAGCCGAGACUUCCAUGCGCAACACAUUCUACAAAGUGGGUCAAUCGCUAUUGGUACGACGCGAACUUGAGUUAGAGAAGCAUCUGAAGGAAAAAAUGAUUCAUUCUGUUAUGCCUCCAUCGGUAGCUCAGUGGCUUAUGAAAAACACAGCUGAGGACGGUGACGAGCAGCAAAACACUGCAAAUAGUGUGCCUAUGCAUCCGAUCCAAGCGGCCGAUAGGCCCCUACAUCAGCUGCCGCAACCUCGUUCAUCUAAUCAACUGACGUUCCGGCCAUUUAAUAUGCAUCGAAUGCAGAAUGUAUCAAUCCUGUUCGCCGAUAUUGUCGGAUUCACGAGUAUGUCAAGUAACAAGACAGCGCAUCAACUUGUUGGACUUCUAAACGACCUGUUCGGGAGAUUCGACUUUUUGUGUCAGAAAAACGGAUGUGAAAAGAUCUCCACUCUGGGUGAUUGUUACUAUUGUGUGUCCGGAUGCCCAGAACCACGGCCUGACCACGCAAAAUGCUGCGUCGAAAUGGGCCUUGCCAUGAUUACAGCAAUUAGAGAAUUUGACGAAGAUAGUGGGGAGUCAGUAAAUAUGCGAGUUGGUAUACAUACUGGCACCGUGCUUUGCGGUAUCGUGGGAACGAAACGGUUCAAGUUUGAUGUAUGGUCAAACGACGUUAAAUAUGCUAAUCGCAUGGAAAGCACAGGACGUCCUGGUAAAGUACACGUAUCGGAGGUCACGCAUGAACUUCUUCUGGAUCAGUACCACUUUGAUGAAGUACCACAAAAUGGAGAGAAAGACAAAAAGGAAAGAAAAACGUAUUUUAUCCGACAUCGAAAGAUCACAGGGGGACGCCAUUCGUGGCCACGUUUCCAGGCGCCGAUGUUGGCGCGUAUAGGACCUCAAUUGUCUGUCGACGCAGCUGCCGAAAGCCAUCCUUCUCAACCGAUGUCUGGAAGCAGCGACCCUUCAGAUAACAGCCAUGCGGCACUGAACACAAGAAAGGCAAGCUGUCCUCCGUUGAGCGAAGAGGCGAACUCUGAUGAAAACGAUGAAGAUUGGAUUGGUGAAGAAGUGGUUUUUCAUCCAACUUUGGCACAACCAUUACCGUGGCAUCAUCAAGCUAAUAAUCAAAUUGGCAAUCAGUACGACCUACAUAACCCAAUAGUCGGGGAUGCGCCUCCUCUUGGCGCGGGUGGUCCAAUAGUAAUUCCAGGACAACCUCGGCGACAUUCGUCCCUUUCGACCCUGUAUUCUCGGAAGGAUUCGGGCGUCGUUACUGCCCGAAGCAGUAUACAACUGGAAUCGACGGCGGUGGAGAUUAAUGUCGAUCGGCGGGGAAGAACGUCUACAUCGACUGGACGCAGCUCAGGAGUUUCCUCAAUAAGGGGCUACUCUAUCUUCGGGGAGGAUCCCGCUCUCUCGUUCAGACAACAAAUCCGUAAGCAGAGCGAUCUGCAGAUGAUUCGGUGCAUUCAACAGGACUGUGCAGACGCUGAACUUUUUGUCCAUCCUCCGGUCCAUAAAUUAUCGCUCUUCUUCAAGGAUAACUUCAUUGAACGUGGUUACCGGGAUAGACUUCUGGGCCGCGAGCUAUAUCCCACAUUGGCGUCCCCUACGUUCACAGUUUAUCUGUGUACCGCCGUGGCGCUAAUUUUCUACUUUGUUUCUUUGGUCACUUGCUUUAUGCUGUUUCCGACACCAAAUGCAGUAUUUUUGAGUUUCUGCUUUGUCGCAUCAUUCGCGCACAUCGCCGUUGCAAUGGUCUGCCUACGUGAAAUUUUGGCAAUGAGAGGAAAUUGGCAAGCGAAUGACUGUUUCACUGCAACCUUUCGGUACCUGAUGAAAUGGACGCCCCUGCAUGUGGUUGGUCUAUUCCUUCUGUGUGUGCCUAUUCUGGCUGUAUUCAGCAACUUCGCUUGCGACUCGUUCUUUAACAACUGGCAAGCAAGCGAUGGUUUCUGCCUGUUGUCCUUCGCGUUCUUGCUCCACUUCACGAAUUUUUCGCAGGUAAAAUUCUGGCUACGAUCCCUGUUCGCCACCGUCGCCGGAUUAGCGCUGGUGAUGUUUGUUGGUGGGGUAUUCUGCGACAGUUCACGCUGCACGGAAAUAUCUCGUCGCUCCUAUCUGUGUCGUAAUUCGGACAAUAUUAUCUGGGAUAUUCUUGUCCACAUUAUUCUAACAUCAAUACUCGUUUGGUUGUUAAAUCGCGAGUUCGAAACAAGUUUGCGACUGAGCUUUCACGGUGGCUGGCUCGCUUCACAGGACCAGAAACGCAUGCAGGUGCUAAAGCGUCAAGCGGAUUGGCUCCUUCAUAAUAUUAUCCCUCGUCAUGUGGUCGAGCAGCUGAAAACAACAUCUCGUUAUUCGGAAAAUCACCGUGAAGCAGGUAUUUUGUUUGCAUCUAUUGUUAACUUCCACGAACUCUAUGACGAAAGCUAUGAAGGUGGUAGAGAGUGUCUCCGGGUUCUCAACGAGCUCGUUGGAGAUUUCGAUGAGCUUCUAAGCAAGCCACAAUUUCGUAACGUUACGAAGAUCAAGACGAUAGGCGCAACUUUCAUGGCCGCCUCCGGUCUCAAUCCAAAGCUCCGUCGCGAGAAUCCGCAUCCCUUUACUCAUCUCUUCGAGCUAAUCGACUUCGCGCUUGCCAUGCAUAAAGUUAUUGAAGAUUUUAAUUUAAAUUUACUCGAAUUUAAAUUCAUUCUUCGCAUCGGCUACGCGCACGGCGAUAUUACCGCUGGCGUUAUUGGCACUACCAAGCUGUACUACGACAUCUGGGGCGAUGCGGUGAACACCGCUUCACGCAUGGACUCCUACGGAAUGCCCAACAGGAUUCAGGUGCCUGAGCAUUGCCUACCGGUGUUAAGUGAAAUGUACACCUUCAAAGCCCGUGGCUCAAUGUACAUCAAGGGCAAGGACCAUAUGAAUGUCUACUUGUUGGAGAGCAAAAAAGGGAAGCAGCUGCACAAGAUACCCUUCAAGCGACAGCAGACCAUUCCUGCGCAACUUUAGAAAAAAAAACCUAUUAAAAAAAACAAUAAAACAAAAGAAAUGUGUGCAUGUAUGUGUGUGUCUGUGUGU